ACAAAGGGUAGGCCGCUGGUUUAAUGCAAAAGACGAGACAAACUUCCUUCCAGCCGCUAGGUGAGCUGACAAUCAAGUGGGCUGCUGGCUCUUUACAUUUCACUAAUGUUUGUUUUGUGGGCUCUGGGCUCUCUGUCUGGAGGUUUGUCGGAACGUGAGCCCGCGUCAACAACCUACGGUCGUACGUGUACCGCGCCAGCCGUGCGCCGUGCUUGGUUCGGACGUCCUGCGCGUUGUCGCCAUGUGGCUAGCCUCGACUCUGUCGGGCACCCGAUGAGAACGGACGCGAUUCUUGGGGAAGCGAGGCGCUCGGAGGCGCGUCAGGCCCGGAGAUGACCGUGCUGCUCCGGUGCUCGUUCCUCGGGGCGGCCCUGCUGCUGGUCUUGCUGUCACUCACCGACUCGCAAGACGACACAGGGUUCUUCUGGCACGUGAGCGACUUCCACUUCGACAAAGACUACACGACGCACGGGGUGCGCGAGGCGAUGUGCCACUCGACGCCCAACCAGCUGAGCUCGGACGACAUCGGCCCCUACGGCGACUUCAAGUGCGACGCGCCCCGGCCGCUCGUCGAGUCGGCCGUGGCUGCCAUGCGCAGGAUCGAGCCGGACCCGGACUUCGUGCUCUGGACGGGGGACAACCUUCCCCACGUGGGGGCCCUCCCGUGGUCCGACGUGUUUGCGGCCACCCGCUGGCUGGGGGAGUUGCUGCAGCGGGCGUUCCCCCGCUGCCCCGUGGUGCCCUCCCUGGGCAACCAUGACUGCUCUCCGGCCAACAACAUGCCCUCCGGCAACCAGUCCCGCUUCCUCUCCAAGGCAGACCUAAACAAGCUGCUGCCCAGCUCCGCCUGGAGCACCUUCGAGAAAGGGGGCUACUACAGCUGGACGGUGCGCGGGUCCGUGCGGCUGGUGUGCCUGAACAGCGUGCUCUGGUACACGGGCAACCAGGCCCCCGCUGCCAACGUCAGCGCAGACGACCAGCUUUCCUGGCUCGGGGAGCAGCUGGCCGAGGCCAAGGCCCUGGGACACAAGGUGUUCAUUUCCGGCCACGUGGCGCCGGGCUUUAACAACCGGGCGAUUUCUCGGGAGGUGGGUCCGACGGAGCUGUUCCGGGAAGGCAUCAACGAGCGCUACCAGGACCUGGUGGCCAACUUCUCCGACACGGUGGCGGGGCAGUUCUUUGGCCACCAGCACGGAAACUCCUUCGUUCUCCUCUCGGACUCUGCUGGGCACGUGGUGGGCAGUGCCCAGCUGGCCGGCUCGGUGACCCCCUGGGGCACCUCGAUGCCGGACUAUGCCAAGAUUUCGGUGCCCACCAACCCGAGCGUGCGGCUCUACAAAUAUCGCCGCUCCACGGUCGAGCUGCUUGACUACACAGUCUACUACCUGGACCUGGACAGGGCCAACGCCCGGCCACAGGAGCGACCCAACUGGGAGCCCCUGUACACCCUGACGACGCAGUACGGCAUCCCAGACGCGAGCACGGCCUCCAUGGCAGCGCUGGGGCAGCGCCUGUCGGCCUCGGCCCCGCUGCUGGACGCCUACGUGCGGCUGGGCACGGCCCUGAAGGACGUGGGGCCCUGCGACGCUUUCUGCCGCCGGGUGCAGCUGUGUGCCGUGCUGGCGGCCAGGACGGGGCCCCACGGGGCCUGCCUCCGGGGCCCCGCCCACCAGACGUGGGUGUCCCCGCCCCCGGAAGAGGCCACCACCCUGCGGGACGUGCUGGUGGGCGUGUCCGUGUCCCUGCUCAUCGUGGCCAGCAUCGUGCUGCUGGUGCGUGCCAAGCGGGCGCGCAUGAUGGCGGGGCCUCGCUACGGACGAUUCGGGUGACGUGCCCUCGCACGGUGCCCUGGGAACUGCCUGCGGGUGGUGGCACCGGGACGCACCGCGACACCCUGCACCUCGGGGGCUUGAGGCACCAUACUCGCGGCAGCGGCACUUCCCGGCCGGUUUCGUCGCUCUGGUGUAAAGAACCUGGACGCCCGUCAAACCCGCGGGUUGUUUGUGCCGCGAUAGGGCGAGUAAAGGCUGACACGGAUAUGGCUCGUGCUACGCGUCGAGCAAUUCAACAUUUUACUCUUUCCGAGACAAAUGCAAAGACGGCCGCGGAAGUGGCACGGAUUGCAAAUUGCUCAUGUUGCUCUAUCUCUUGAAGUGAAAUGCAAUCUUGGGGUUAGGAAGUUUGCGACGCGCUCUGUGCAACAAUAGCUAAAUACAGCAGAGUUUGGACUGAUCCUCUUCACUUCUCCUGUGCAAAAUUGUCUGAUUCGUCCAAAAAAAUGUAUCUUUAAUUUUUACAUGCACUUUAGAAAGUCAAUACCACUUUUUUUUUUCUUUCUUUAAUCUCUUCUCAAAAAUAUGCAAAAACGAUGCGAGCGGUGCCAAUUUUCUUUGCUCCUCUUGACACUUGCUUUGAAGUGUUGGGCUGCAACAGACGUUUCGAAAUGGUUCCCCUGGGAGCAUGGUUUGGUGCAACGCUGGGUGUUUUCCCACCGAACGCAUUCCCCGAUGCCUGCUCUCCCACGACGCUUGGGGCACGGCUUGUGCGUGCUGCCAGUGGUUCUGGCAGCACGCACAAACCGGCCACCCCCUGCGGGCAUUUCACGGAAGAACGAGGGCUUCGGCAAGGGACUUCCUUUUGCCCCGGGUGUUGCCGGGUGUUGCGACACUGGAUCGACUCGCAACUCUGCUCUGCAGGCUAUUUCCACCCUGCUCUAAUGCAUGACAAAAAAAUUUCACGAUACUUUCGCUGCGCAUCUCUAACAUGUAUGUUGUUUGGAUUUUUCGUAAGAAUAGAACACGUUUCGGAUGUUUGCCCGUUUCCGCAGCAGAAAUACCGUCCUCGAGCGUGCAUUAGAUUGAGAGCAGAUUCACCAGGCCAUUUCUUGUCUACCCAAAAAAUGUAUCCGCGUAUUUCACCGACUUUUAUAGCGCAGGGCUGUUAGUGUGCCGUGCCUUUGGUGCAGACCCGUCGGCGGAGACAAAUAUCUCAUUGUGCCGGCAGUGCCACCACUGCAGAAGACAAGGCACGGCUUUGGCCGCCUUCGGUUGUGCGGCGUCUACGGAAGGUUCCUCGACGAAGUGCAUCCGGUAGUGUUUGCUGUGUUGGACACACUGCACUCACUAGGGCAAAGUUUAAGCAGCCAUCCGAGUUGGUGGCCGCCUCUCUAAGCACCGUAAAUGCCGGGCUUGGGAACAGUUUUUCCUCUAAGCUUCUGUGCCCCUUGCCUGUGUCUCACCGAGGCGGGCAUUCGACGACACGUGGAAGUGGGCCGAGAAAUUGUUCCACACGUCCCGCCGCUUACGCACUGGCCCCCAGUGCGUCCAAACUCUCAGACUUUCGAUGCCCAGUGUGCGACGAGUCUGCGGCGACGGCACCGCCUUGGGGUCUGCCCGAGGAUGCAAUUCUGAUGAGCAACUUUCUGGCACUGCUACACAUAGUCACGUGCCUUGAACCAAUUAACGAUGCAGCAAGCUAGGCGUGCGAGCAAGGCCGACGCUUUGUCCCAGCAGAAAGGAGAAAAAGCCCGAAAGCACAAUAAGAUUGCUUGCGUCUCGUCCGUGUGUAGUUAGUUGGUCACACUGUGGUCACCAGAUGGUAGGAUGCACGAUAAAAAAAAUUGCGUGCCUCUUAUCUACGUGGAGUUAGUCACACUGAAGUCACCCGGAGGUAGGGAGUAUGAAAAGGAGUGGUGUGCAAAGUUGCAGCCAAAGUUUGCCCCAAAGUAUACCGGUGGUGCCAUGGCACCACGUAUAGAGGCGCUGUAAACAGAGUCUGCGAAUGUGCAGCAGUAUCUAUUGCUUCUGUGUCCCCUAGCUUGCGAUUCUUUUGGUCAAUCCAACGGUUAGUUUUAUAUGCCGCUAUACUUAUCAUUUGCAGCUGUCGAAGUUGCGUCUUGAGCGCUCCUGUACUUGUACGAGCCAGUGCAAACAACCGCCAGCCUCUAUGAGUAAUUUUGCAGGAGGGAAGUAGAAAUAAAUAUACUAUUUGUGUAAUUAUCAUGCUCUGUUUCAUCGUAAGUGCAAGCAAAAGACAACCUACAAAAACGAGUGCGAGCUUUGAGCGGGCAUGCUACACGCGCAGUCGUGAAGCUAGAGCAACAUUAGAGACAGCACGCCGAUGCCGUGAUGCCGGCUUGCUCUCACUUGUGGUAAAAUAGACCUAUUGAAAGGAACGGUGAGGGUGGCUAUGUUUCGUGCUUAGAAUCAUAUUCUAUACGUCGGUUCUUUAUAUGUGCAUUCUAUUUCAACUACAUUGCCACAAAAAGCAUUGCAGACCUCUUCAUUUAUUAAUACGUCACUUCCGUUGGAUAUUGAGGCUACGGGGAUGGAUCCAUUUCUUUCCGAGGGGUGUCUGGGUGUGCUGGGAGUCAUGCCGGCUCCCAAGACUGCGCCGAGUAUCGUUUCGAGCGCGGGCAUCCCAACCUUCCCUCCUCCCGCGGAGACUGACUUGGACAGUUUUUUGCACUAGCAGACUUGCAUUUAACUCUCAAUAGCCUAUCCCGGUGUGCCCACCACAAGACGUGGCACAGGAAAAGUCUUCUGUUACAAAGCAACUUGCCAUCUCCGCAAUUCCGUUCUGUAAACCACUCCACAUAAUUUCUUUCUAUUUUUUUUUUAACUAGUUUGGGAGUUGCGGGUGUCUGGCCUAUCAGCUCAAACCCUUUGGUUUUCGCGAGCCAAAAAAAAAUUUAACUUGAACCGUUUGAGCAAGUGGCCCCACCAAAAUUUAAUGGCUGUGGGAGGGUUUUGAUAAGGUUUGGAUAAGCUCACCCGUCGACGAAAUGUUUUGCACGCGGCGGAGUUUCCUAGAAAGGCUCGUCUGUCCGGGAGGAUGACACGGGUCUGCUUCCCCGACAGUUUGGUACUCGAAGAGACACCUUUUCUCGCUCUGGCAUGUAGCAUCGUGGCCAUGUUUUCUUCGUACUUACGGAUACCAUCUUCCAACAAGAGCGAUCUGCACCCACCAACAAGCUAACAACCCACUCUGUUCACGGCAAUCGUGGCACCAACGCCACAGUUGCCCCCACCAGCGUCGAUAUGCAGAGGGGAAAGUGGCAUGCUUUUCGCACCUCCCAGUUGGAGUAUGCACUACGCAGGGUGGCGCCGGCUCUUUGCUCGACGGGAAUACGGACCCUGGCACCUUCUGGAUCUUGGGGAGGGGCCAAGCCCCUUUCGCAUGCGCUGGUGUACGCACCUUGGUGGUCGUACACACCGACACGCUCAACAGCAUGGGGUGCACAGUCUCGUACUGCAGUCUCAAAGAUACCGAUCCGGGACAUUGAUGACGAUAGCGUUCUGCUGCAUGUAAUUAAUGUAUCUAGCUGCAUUGGAAAUACUGGUCACGAGUAGCUGCAUGUUACUUUAUGCGAUGCCUCAGAAUUAUGUUUCCUAAAGACUUGGGGCAGGCUUUUCUCUCGCCUUGAACACACGUGGGACUCUAAUCUGGACACUUGGCGAAAAAGUCUGCGAGAAAUCUGGCAGCCGUGAUUGGUCAACGCCGUACUUGACCUUGGCGCUGGCCAAUCGUAGCCGCAGGAUUUCUCGCCGACUUUUUCACCAAGUGUCCAGAUUAGGGCCCCUGGACAGUAGGAGAGUUCUCCAAACAAUGUAUUUCUCUGUGCACAGGGGUAACAGCAGUUCGGACUGCCCCGCUUGUGUUGAACGUGGGUGGCGAUUUGUUUUGUGGGAGAAGCUUUCAGAACUGGCCCAUGGGAUUGACUGAAUACAGCAAGAACUUGGAAGCGACGGGAGAAUGGAGGGUAGUUUAGGGUGCCCAUACUUCUGCGUACUAAGGCCUCCAGGGAAAAGAGCAGAGCAAAACUGACUGGGCUUUUGACAUUCGCACAUAGAUGCUAUAGAGACCGGCCUCUUGAGAGAUGUGGGCGAGAGGAGGCGACUUUAACUUUGCAUAGGCCGGGAACAGGGAGGGCUUCUCGGCAGAAGACUGGGACAAAAGUGACCUCUGGUGUCACCUUUCAUGUGCGACGUUUUCAAAGCUAACGUAGCUUCUACAGCCUGCAGCCCCGUACUGCUGCGCGAGCACGGGGCUUCGUCUUUCAUCUCGUUCACCCAAACACUUGCGCAAAGAAGAUGUAAAAAAAAGCCACAUGCCCGUUCAAGUAGCUAUGUAUGGAACAGAGCAUGUGUCUCCUGCUUUGCCCAGGGAGUACUGCGACAAGUUACUUCUUUAUGGUGAAAAUAUGAAGAAACGGUGAAAAUCAAAACAUCCCCAUAGCACAAAUUAACGCCGAUACACUAGGAGCUAAAAGCAUGCUCCCGGAAAAAGAAAAAAAAAAGUGCCGUGAUGGCUGGUGGUUUUACGUGCCUAUUCUAGUGGCAGUAACAUGAAUCCUGCACUUCAGUUUUUACAGCCGAGCUGUUAAGGGCUAGUUUCCCCAGGAUCAUGUUCCCCCCAAAGAAAUGAAGACACCAAACUCUGGAUGCCUACCGCCAUCUAUGAUCGACGGCAGCAAGCCACGCAUCUGGUUGCCGCCGUCGCUCAUAGAUGGCGGCAGCCUUUCCACUCUGGCUUGCCAACUUGCGGCCGGCCAUUACUUUUCAAUGUACAACUCCGCUGGCCUUCCUGCUUCACCAGAGUGGAAAGGCACUUUUUUGCAUUGGAAUUUAGUUUCUUUAGGGUACUACAUAAAAGGUUUUUUCCGUUCUUCUGUACUACAGAGAGGGAAAAAAACUCAGCGAUGCAGUCGUUAUUUGACGACCUUCUGAUGCCCAGUCAGCUUAUAUACUGCCCCAAAAGAGGGCAGUUAGUUCAAAGCUUGAGCGCAGGAGGCCCAUGGCACUGACCUCUACUAUAGGGGGCUAACCACGGUGCUUAGCCGCUUUCUGAGCCAGGCAUUAACGAAGCCACCGAAAGGUUGAUGCUGGUCCCAGAAGUUUAGCAUCUACUGCACUUGUUUUUAAGUGGGUUUUAAUAAUCCCCUUUAGCAUUAAAUUCCGAGAACGAGACAUUUGGACAUGGGAUAUGCAUAGUUGAUCAACUGGAAUCUUGAAAUUUUCGCACAUCGAAUGGCUUUUUAAGAGACUUUCCGUCGAGUCCGCAUGCGCCGUUAUUAUGCAACAAGCAGACGUUUUCGAGAUGAAAAGAAAUUUCCAGCGCUUUGGACACUGUUUGGACAUAUGCUCGGAACAGUUGGGACGCCUGUCAAGCACUCGCAACCGGGGCGAGCCAUUUACUUCUGGUGGCUUCAUACCUGUCUGCUUAAGUGCCAUCCAGCCCCCUAGCUAGGCUAACCUUGACAAUCUGGAACAAAAAGUGGAUACCGUGUAUAAGUCACUAGUGCAACGGAACCGCAGAGUUCUAGUUAACAUAUCUGCAGUCGGGAAGUCCCCCUAUUUAUUUGAGUACCCUCUGACAGCUGUUUGAGAAAUGGUUUGUCGGUGCAGACUCUGGCAUGGGCAGCAGCAUUCGUCCAAGAUUGUAGUUGCAAUUUUCGGAAGGUAAAUUCUGCAAGCACAUUUAAAUUGAUUGACUCCGCACAUGGUUCUAGGCUAGUGUGCCAGUGCAGCUGAGCAGUUGGCGUAUGGAGAGUUGGGGCACGCAUUUCGCUCGCAUCUUUUUCAGUAUACUGCUCACGGCUAGCUGUGUUCUUGGUGUUGGCAUUGAACCCAAUCACCGACGGUGCAAGCUGCCUGUUCAGCCCCGGCAGUUGAAUGUCCAACUGCAAUAAUUUGUAGCAAAUGCAUUCUUUGAAGGCAUGCCAAGAGCAUUUGGUUGCGGAUGCACGAAUCGUUGCAGCAGGUUAGCCGAGCCAAGUGCCCUCAACUGCCCGUUGCUCGCAAACAGAUGUGUCCAGGACACGUGCAUGGAUGGCUGCUCUACUUGCAGACCCGGCUGCCUCGCCUUUUCAUCGCCGCCGCCACUCGCUGCCAAGUAUGCUUCGUCCUGUUGCAUGGGCAUGGCUUCCGACUGCAGCUGCAUUAUGCAAAGCUUGCUUCUUUAAUCCGCAGGGAACGCCUUUAAGUCGGCCAUGGUUUUAGCGCAACCCAGUUUUCCUGGCCUUUACAGUGUCUGUGGAUCCACAAUAAAAAUGUUGCUUUAUUCUGUUA